AUGUCACUCAAACAAAUCGUUGGGCAUAGUGAGUUUUUGCAAAAAUCUUUAUAGAAACAUAGCAAAUUUCAGAACUGCUCAACGAUAUAAUUCGUCCGCUGAAAAAGGGCGAUGGCCGUGGCGCUUGGAAUGUCCUUAUUGUGGACACGUUGGCCAUGCGAAUGUUAUCGUCGUGUUGUAAAAUGCACAAUAUUAUGGAGGAAGGAAUCACGAUUGUUGAAGAUUUGAACAAAAGGAGAGAACCGCUGCCGACACUCGAAGCAAUUUAUCUGAUUGCGCCAACAGCCGAAUCGGUUCGUUUUUCUUCUCUUUUUCUUUUCUUCUACUUUAAAAACUUUACUUUUUUGCAGAUAGACAAGCUCAUUCAAGACUAUUGCGUGAGGAAUCAGUACAAGUGCGCGCACGUGUUUUUCACAGAAGCUUGCUCCGAUCAGCUGUUUUCCACGUUGUCGAAAAGUGCAGCGGCGCGAUUCAUCAAAACUUUGAAAGAAAUCAACAUUGCCUUCACGCCGUAUGAGAGUCAGGUGAGACUCUGAAACAUUUAUGUGCUUUUUUGCUAUUUGAGUUCUUGCAGGUGUUCAAUCUCGAUUCACCGGACACGUUUUUUCUCUACUACAAUGCGCAGAAGCAGGGUGGGUUGACAUCGAAUCUGGAGAGAAUCGCCGAACAGAUUGCCACGGUCUGCGCCACCCUCGGAGAGUACCCUUCCUUGAGGUACAUCCUAAUUUCUUAAGUUUCAGUUUUCAUAAUGACAAUUUGCAGAUAUCGUGCUGAUUUUGAGAGAAACGUCGAGUUGGGACACCUUGUGGAACAGAAGCUCGACGCCUACAAGGCUGACGAUCCGUCGAUGGGAGAGGGAGCCGACAAGGCGCGCAGUCAGUUGAUCAUCAUCGAUAGAGGCUACGACGCCAUCACUCCGCUGCUCCACGAGCUCACCCUGCAAGCCAUGUGCUACGAUCUCUUGGGAAUUGAGAAUGACGUCUACAAGUACGAGACGGGAGGAAACGAGAACGUCGAGAAGGAGGUAUGGAGAGAGGAGGAAACGUGCAAUUAUGGUGUCAUUCCUUUUAUUUUAGGUGUUGCUCGAUGAGAAUGAUGAUUUGUGGGUCGAGAUGAGACACAAACACAUUGCCGUCGUGUCGCAAGAAGUGACAAAGGGUCUCAAGAAGUUCAGUGACACCAAAGGAAACAAGGGAAACAUGGAUGCUAAGUCGAUCAAGGACCUCUCGAUGCUCAUCAAGAAGAUGCCGCAACACAAGAAAGAGCUCAACAAGUUCAGCACCCACAUCAGUCUGGCGGAGGAGUGCAUGAAGCAGUACCAGCAGGGAGUCGACAAGCUUUGCAAAGUCGAGCAGGAUCUCAGUACCGGAUCGGAUGUGGAGGGAGAGCGAGUCAAGGACGCCAUGAAGUUGAUGGUCCCACUGCUCAUCGACCCAGCUGUCCGAUGCGAAGACCGUCUCCGUCUGAUCCUUCUCUACAUCAUCUCCAAGAACGGAAUCACUGAUGAGAACCUAAACAAACUGCUGCAACACGCCAACAUCUCGAUGGCAGACAAGGAAACCAUCACGAACGCCGCUUACUUGGGACUCAACAUUGUCACUGAUGUAAGUUUAAGAGAUAUUUGCAGUAGAAUUUUAAAUGAAUCGAGUUUCAGACCGGUCGCAAGAAGACAUGGGCACCGACGAGAAAGGACCGACCGCACGAGCAAGUGUACCAAUCCUCGCGAUGGGUUCCACUCAUCAAGGAUAUCAUGGAGGACGCGAUUGACGAGCGUUUGGACACCAAGCACUUUCCAUUCCUCGCCGGAAGACAAGUCAAUCAGGGAUACCGGUGAGUAUCUGUUUGCAUUUGAUCUCGAAAGUUCUAUAGCAUAGAACCGAGGCAUUGGCAACUUGUUGAGAGUGAGAACCACCAAGAUGAUGUAUUUUUAGUGCCCCGGCGUCUGCUCGUUACGGUCAAUGGCACAAGGAGAGAGGACAACAAUCCAACUACCGAAGCGGUCCCCGAUUGAUCAUCUACAUCAUCGGUGGUCUUACCUUCUCCGAGAUGCGAGCCGCCUACGAAGUGACCGCCGCCCGCAAGCCAUGGGAGAUCAUCAUCGGAUCCGAUCGAAUCAUCACUCCGGACAAGUUCCUGACCAACCUGCGUGACCUGAACAAGCCCCGCGACAUAUGA